AUUAAUUUAAAAAAUUAGAUCGUUAUUUGAAGCUAAAUAAAAAAGCUUUAAGCUUGUACAAGAACCAAACGCAGAAUUUUGUCAAGAAUUUUGUAAAAAAACACAAGAGAGAAUGCUAAAGUCCACUUCCGGUUACUCAGAUAGCGGAAGUCCGAAUUCACGCUCCGAACACGCUCGCUUUUUAGAGUGACCAUAAUCCAUAAUUAUUUUAAAGAUCGAUAUAUAUAGAUAUUUAUAUCGAUAUCGUUAUCGCUAACUAUCAUUAUCUCCCAUCAAUAGGAAUACUUGCAAGAGUGAGCUCACUUAACUGAAAACAAAUUGGUAUUAUUUUAUGUGAUCACAGUGAAUUAGUGUCUUACUUGCCACUGCCUAUACGUUCCUGAUAACAAGUCUACCUGUUGAAACAAAAAGUUAGUAGUUGUAGUAUAAGUAUUCAACGAGGUUGAAUAUUUUACAAACUUAUUGAGUCAUCAAAACAAAAAAAGGACUGAAGAAACUGUUGCAGAGAAAAUGGCCGGAAAGAUUUUAAUUAUGAUCAUCAUUACUUAUCUGAUACCUAACAUACAAUGCUUACCAAACAAGCGGCUUUGUGGCUGCCUGUUUUCUGAUCAGGAUGGAAUGAAAGCAGACUGUGAAAAUAGACAUGACAUUGAUUUCAAGUGUCUGUCUCGGCAGCCUAUUAAGUCCUUGGAUCUAUCACACAAUGGAUUUCUGAAAUGGCCAGAGAAAUUGAUUUCACGUAUAUGGGAGAACAUUCUCUACCUGGAUCUCUCAUUCAACAACAUUUCAUACUUGUCUAGAUGCAUAUACAAUGCAAUGCCACUUUUGAUAAGUGUGAAUCUUACCUAUAACAGCAUCAAAAAAAUGUCCUGUGACGCAUGCGUUACACCUUUCAUCGAUUUGGAUCACAACAACCUGACGGAUUGGCAAAAUUAUUGCAGUACUUGCAAUUCGAACAUCACAAAACGAUUAAAUGAACAGUCGAAUUUGGUCGAACUGGAGUCCAGUGAUUGCAUUUUGAAUGCUUCCGAUGAACCGAAACCAGUGACGUCGCAGGACCAGAAGAAAACUGACCAAAAGAACAUAAAACAAAUUUUUUCGAUCGGUAUUAUUUUUCUUAUUCUAUUCGUUAUUGGAAACCUUAUGAUCAUGAAUAAUAAACUCAUGCCAUCAUAUGUAAGGCGUCGUGUAGAAUAUAGAAAUUAACAGGAUCGCAACGUUUUGGCAUGGAAUCAACCAGGACCUGGCCCGUUUUAAGGAUAUUUUGCUCCAGGACUCAUUAAUAAUACACAAAGUUAUUCGCUGUUAGUUGGCUUUGAAGCUACAACUACUUUUCUUAUAUCUGACCAAGAAUUUUUGAUGGGAUUACGGCCUGGGACUGUGCCUGCCAAUCCAAAACAGGAACAGAUUUACUUUGGAACGAAUCCUUGGCUUUCCUGCUGGUGUACUUGGGGUCAUAGUCUUAUUAAUAGUAUUCGGAAAAGGAGAAAGAAGAAAUUGUCAACUAAUCUAAGUCAUGCUAAGCGAGUAAUGGCAUUUUCAGUAGCAUAUAUAUAAUAAAAUC